ACUCCACCUCUGAUGCCAUUAGGCAACAGAUGAGCAUUGAGCAGCGGUACAUGUUCUUUUUGGGCAGAGAAGAGCACAGCCAUUGCCAGGGUGCCCUUAAAGGACUACUUUUGACUGUGUAAUGGUUUUCAGGGUCGCGGUGCUUCCCUCUCUGCUCGCAUCGUAGCCCCGGCCAGUGUUUUAAGCGGCGUCUUCAUCCCAAAAACCGCGUGUGUGUAUUCUAGCUGGCAGCAGGACUUUCAUCGCUAUGGAUGUGCUAUGGAUGGCACCGCCGCUGCUGCUGCUGUUUCCACUCCUGAUGUUGACCAGCAGCACGUUUGUAUUUUAUUUCAAAAAGUUCUUUUACGUCGCCUGGAUGAUGGUGUUGGCGCUGCUUGCAAUUCCCAUGUGUUUCCUUAAAAGCGGGGGCAGAGACGUUGAAAACAUGAGGCUUAUCCGCUCCUUGGUUCGUCAUGUCAAGUAUUUCCUGGGUCUCCGGUUUGAUGUGAGCGGCUGGGAACAUCUGCAGACCGAGGGUCCCUACGUCAUCAUCUCCAACCACCAGAGCUCCCUGGAUGUUUUGGGUCUGAUGGAGAUCUUGCCGGACCGCUGCACCAUGAUCGCCAAGAAGGAGUUGAUCUACGCCGGCACCGUGGGUCUCAUCUGCUGGCUGGGAGGCAUCGUCUUCAUCAACCGCAAGAAGCCAAACGAUGCCAAGAAUGUGAUGAUUGACGCUUCCAAAACCAUGUUGGACGACAAGAUUCGUCUGUGGGUGUUUCCAGAGGGAACGAGAAACCAGACAGGCAACCUGCUGCCCUUCAAAAAAGGAGCUUUCCACCUGGCAGUGCAGGCACAAGUCCCCAUCAUACCCAUUGUUUUCUCCUCCUACAGCAGUUUCUACCUACGGAAACAAAAGCAGUUCAAUUCGGGCACCAUCAGAAUCAAGAUCCUCCCAAAGAUCGAGACGAAGGGGCUGACGUCAGACGACAUCCCCUCCCUCAUCGACAAAUCCUUCGACCUGAUGAACUCCUCCUUCCUCAGCAUCUCUAACUCCGUACCCCAUAGCAACGGGCCGUGCAAGCACUGAACAUUUACCACACUUCCUCCUCCUCUGUCCCCUCUAAAGCCCAUCCCUCCCCCCAGACUUUCCCCCCUCUCCCCCCCAGGUCGUCCCUUCACCUGGCCAGGAGAUGACACAGUUGUGAAAUCUCCUCUUGUCUGGUGGACGGCCUGAACUCAGCACAGUGGGUCCCGACCCUCAGCGAAUCAGCAGCCGCGCUGCACCGCGAGUGGAGUGACGGACGGCUGGGCGACAGUACAGAUGUAUGUUGUUCUUCGUGCAUGCCUUUUGGAUGGCUCUGUCCACCUCCAUCCGUGCUUUCUCUCUGGCUUUAAUUAUUUUAACGUCUUAUUUUAUCACCAUUUUGUACUUUGAAUUUUUUGGCCUUUUUUCUCCACUUACCUUCUUCUGUUCAGCAGAUAAUCCUUGGCCUCUUUAUGUUCAGUGAAACCCACUUGUUCUUCUCACAUUGCAUUUAUUUGAGUUACCCUCUUUCACACACUAAUUCAAAAGGACUUCAUCUCCUUUUAGUGUGUGUGUGUGUCGUCGUCCCCCCCCUGUUAUCUGCAUUCCAGUCUCUUGCCUAAAGACAUAAGGAGCGGGGUCUCCUGCCCUGGUGGAGUGUGCCCAGGUGAGAGGUCAACGCCGGGCGGCUGCACACUUCUUAAGUUCUGUCGCUAUGAAUUCAACUCUAUAAUCCACAUUGGCUGUUAAAUUCACUGACCGAUAAACUCCAGGACAUACUUCAUGAUGUCAGGAAGCCGGGAAUUCAAGAUAGAGUGUGUAACAAUAGCACCCAUCUGUACUGAGUUACUGGACUCUAGUGGACUGAUCAGUUUCAAUGUUGUGCAUUGUGGGUGUGUCAUUGUGCAUUUUCUCUCCAAAAGAUUAGAAAUAACCAGGUGCAGCGUCGAGCAACAAGUGUUUUUUGUCUCGCUGUAUUUUUGCUAUUUUUAUUUAUUUCUAAAUGGGAUAAUCUUGCUUUGUCUUUUUUUCUAUUUUAAAUUUUUUUUAGAAGUGACUUUUGCUGCUCGGAAAGGAACUCACAAGUGAACCUAUUUUAAGAUGUGUCAAAAAGGGGAUUUCAAAUUGUGCAAUGUCCAACGAUGUAUAGCAUUACUGCUCCAAAGUGCAAGCUGCCGGCUGUGCCAUGACAAGUGUUAUUGGAAAGUUUCCAAAGUUAAACCAUUGUUAUCUUAACAUGACUGAAUAAUCGGUCCUCCGGACUGAUUUCACUUUCCAAUGAUAUGACUUCCAAUGAUGCAAGGUAGCUCUUGUUGGAGGGAAAGGGUCAAACUUGUGAAGAAUCGUGAAAUGAUUUUAGAUCUCAAGCUUCUUUUUUUACUUUGUCUGAUUUUAUUUGUUCUAACUUGAAGAUUCACUAAUUACUAAUAAACCUGGCAUACGUAGUUCCACAUCACAGAAUGGAUUCAACUUUAGCCACAAAAUGACGAAUGACUCACUUCAAAUUCUUAAAGAAAACGUUGGGUUUUUUCACCUUCAUACACGCUAAACAAAAUCCAUUUUUAUUUUCAAUACUUCCCAAACACGUGCUUCUUUUUUUAAAGCUUACAAUUUGAAAUACAGUUUCUCACAUGCGCUCUGCGAGUCCAACCUGUGUUUUCUUCUAUAAUUAAAGGUUACACGGGGUCCUUUACAUGGAAAUGGUCAUUUUGUAGGUAAAGUAUUCCUUUUAAGGUUUGUCCCCAUAUUUGUUUUGAUUUCAUCCAUAUGAAGGUGAUAACCUUGGUUUAGGUGUGAUGUUCCGAUUCAGUUAUUACUGAACCUCGUAGAAGAAUAGUAGAUUAUUUUAAAAGCUGUUGAAAUGUUGGCCUUAAGUUUGUUUUUACUUGUUGCACCCUGUGGAUUGUUGGGCUCAAUGUAUGUAUGCUCAAAUGAUGUUUAUAUUAUGUAAUGACAAUGACCGCUACCGCAUAGAACCGACUAAACUGUUUUAGUUUACAUCCAGGUCUUACAUUUGACUUUGCUCACUGCCUUUACACAGUUUCCUGAAUCAUUUGGCCAUCAAACCCCAUCUGAGAAUGUAUUUCAGCAUUCAGGAAAAUUGAUAACUGUAUUUUAAUGUUUGACCUAUUUUCUAAGUAUCAACAUGGUGAAUGUGAAACAUUUCUUGAGAUCUGAUAACAACAAAAAAUGUCUUACUUGAGUUCUCAGUCUUUUUUUUCUCAGAACUCAAAAUAUUAAAACAAUUUUAAAUCUCAGAAUUCUGAGAAAAAAAUGAAAAAUUCGGACUUUUUUAGCUUGUCGGAAUCCUGGCUUUAUCUCAGAAUUCGGACUUUUUUGAGCUUAUCAGAACCUUGGCUUUUGUCUCAGAAUUCUGACUUUUUUUCUCAGAAAAAAUCCACUUUUGGUCAGAUCUCCAAAGAAAAUUCACAUGGCCCUAAUCCUCUGCAGUGGGCGUCACAUCUAAUGACAUUUAUUUGAUAUUAUUUGACCAUUUAAUGUUAAAUCCAUUCACAAGAGAAUCUCUGCAGUAAGAUUGUGUGCAGUCUAAAUGUAUCAACCUUUGUUACUAAGCCUGUACAUAGGUGAGAGCAACAUACCUGCUGUGCUCGGCUUUAAGUACACAUGACUAAGGGUUUCAUUUCAUUUCAAGCCAGUAUAGUAUAUAUCCCCCCUAUUAAUACUAAUUGAUUUGUUUUCUUAGUUUAAACAUAUUUAUUGACUUUUAUCUGCUGUUUUUACCGUUGCAGCAAGUGGUUUGAAUGUUAUAAAGUACUCUACCAAAAUGGAUUUCUUCCAAAAUAUGAACUAUACCAUACACAUUAGCUAACAGAGUGUUUUAUCCAUUUAUUUCAUGUUCAUUUAUUUGUUAUUUUGUAAUACAGAUGUGUGAUUUCUAAGCAUUGUGUCAUAAGCUUGAAUUUGUGAGUUUCUCUGCUGGUUGAAAUGUUGGGCAGUUGUUUACGAACACAGAUACUGUAAGAUAACAUAUAUUCAAAGUGUUCUGAACCUUAAUAAAGCACUUUUCAUGCUGAGUUUGGGUGGAAAAACAAAAAAGGAAUUUCAAGUUUUCUCUGAUUUUCACCAAAGCUAUUCAAAGUGUAAUUGGUUGUUGCUUUAGAUGGAUAUGAGAAACAGCUGACAUCCUGCAGAGGUGUGUGUGUGUGUGGUCCCUUACUAUAUGUAUGUGUGUGUUAUUAUGCACACAUGAUGGUAUAGACGUCCAUUAUAAUAUGUGGUUAAUAUUCAUUAUAAAGUGUUCUUGCGUUCACUUAUUCUGGGUAAACGUGAAUGCCUUGCAAAAGAAUCAAUAAAAUCAAUUCUUUUUUUCUUAA